GCAUACUGGAAGCAAACAAUCAUCUGGUCGGAAGUUUUAUCAAUUAUUUUAAUAUUUCAAUCCAUUAUUACUAAUGGGGCCUACUGUUACAAACGUUUUCAUGGCUUAACGUGGCCUCUGCAAGAAAAUCUAGUUGAAUAGAACGACAGUAUUAGGAAUUUACCACAAUAACCAAGGAAGCACACUUGUAAUUACACAUAUUUCUGUCUAAUGUGUCUGAUGAGAAAUAAUGGAAUGGAGCCAUGGAGGAACGAUGUAAUGAUCCUUAUGAACAGCAGCUCUUAGCAGUGUAUGAAAGUUGUUUGAAGGAAGAACAAGUCGGAUUGGAUGAAGACGGUUUACGUUUAUUAUGCGAUAAGCUACAACUAGAGGAACGUGGGAAAGAAUUGAUAUCUUGUCUGUUGGAACAAACGCCGUUACAAAAGGGUGUCACUUUCAUUGAUUUUCGAGAUGGAUUAUUAUCGUUACUUGGAAAGUCGCAAGAAGGAAUUCCAAAUUAUUCUGGAAAGGAUGUUGGGGAUGAUUCUGACCAAAAGACGCAGUCCACUAUUGUGAAAAAUAAAUAUAACUGUUGGUCAAAACCGGAUGGUCAAGUUCAAGAUGAAACGGAUGUUCAACACAAGGGUAAAGGAAGUAACUCCAAAGAUCAAUGGUUGCGAAAAUUGAGAAGCAAAGUGAAUGGUAGUUUAGAUGGAACAAUGGAUUCUUCAGAUUUGUGCAUCACACCAAACUGUCUUGGAAUUCCAUCGCUUCCACGACAGGCUAUUGAACAAAUAUUUGAGAAGCUCGAUGCUGAUCGUGAUGGCCACAUUAGUUUGAAUGACUUUUUUCUACUAUUUCAAAAUGGGAGAACACCACUAGAGCAAUUAAGAUGGAAUGAUGGAAUCCAAAGCAAUGUAGUUAAACAAAACUCUGAGAAAGAUAUUAUUCAAAUGCUUGGCCCCCAUCACACCGGAUUUGCAAGAAGCAAUACAAUAGUAGAUAUGUGGGAAGUUGCUGGAGUUCCUGAUGCAGCAGCUCUUUUAGCUGAACUAGGCUUUACUUCUACGGAUAUUAGUCUUACAGAAUUAACACACGUUCUUUCUGAUGAGCUAAAAAGUCUAUGCGAUGAAUCAGGAAAUAGUUUAGUAGGCACACAUGGAAGUCUACUGAAAGCAGCGUUAAUCCUCUACCAAGAAGAAGUACGAAUCCUCAACUCUUUACUAGAACACUUGAGCAAUGAAAGAGAUAAAUUGCGUAUGGAUAUAAUUGAUGCUAAUGAGCGUGCUAGUUUACUUGCUCAAGAAAUUGAUGAGCAUCACAUUCGAUUAGAAAAAUCAAGCCAACAACAACUAAAACAAUUGGAAUUACGGCACAAUGAAGAAAUAAAAGAGUUAACAAAUCAACUCACAAUAGAGCGUGAAACUAACACUGCUGCUAUGAGUUUAAUGAAUCAACAGUUGUUAAGUUUGCAGCAAGAGGAUCAGAGAAUGAAAACCCAGCUUGCAAAUGCGAUGCAGGAAACCCAUAACCUCGAAAUAGAAAAUCAGGAACUUUCUGACCAAAUUUCGCGUCUUAAAUUAUCUAACAGUCAGUUACAAAUACAAGUUCAAGCACUUGCUGCAGAGCACGAUGAGGUAGAAACUGUGGAAGCUAGACAAAACGAACAACUUGUAUCUUACAUCGAGAGAAUAAGGAGUCUUCAGUCAGAAGCAACGAUGUUAAGAGAUCAAAAUGACGAACUCUCGUCUGAAUUAGAAAAUUUAAAACGACGUGAGGCUACAGUGACAAGUAAUAGGGAACAUGAAACUUCACCAAAUACUUCAAUGAAAAAUGUAUUGUGUUCCGCGAGUGAAGAUACGAACCAUAUGAUGAACACUAAAGUUUUGAUGGAUCGGGUGGAUGAAUUAGAAAAACUUUUAAAACAGUCCGAAUUUGUAAAUCUGCAAACUCACUGUAAUGGUUCGAGUAAGGAUGGAUUAAUAGAUACAAAAUUACCUGAAUUAAAUCGUUUACUAGGAACCACUGUGAAAACGCUGAAGAGUCUCCUAGAAGAAAAUAACUGUGCGUGUGAGAACUGUAUCUUCAAAAGCAAAAUAUCCGAUAUGAUUAAUGGUCUAAAUUUGAACCUCUUAUCGCAAUUCUUAGCAGAGGACUCUAAUGUAAGUCUUGCGAAUGAAUUAGAAACAGAAUGUGAGGAACGUACAAGUGAAUCACUCAGAGACUUGGUUGUGAGUAAGUACGAUAAGUCUAAGCUUGGAAAGCGAAUGUCAUGUAGCGACGAUAUGAUACAUAAUAUUGAUAAAAAUUAUAACAAUCUAGACAUGAAAAAUGUUACGAAAAGCAAAGUAACAAGUCUCAGGGACUACCCUCCACGCAAAGACGACAAUUCGAUUGGAGAUCAAAUCAGAACCGAAAAAGAUAAAAAUAAUAUUCCUUUCACUUCUGCGCAUUUAUGUAGUAACAAGACUGACAUGAAUAAUUUAGAUAUCGUAAAACAAGAACAAGCUCCAGAUUCGGAAAAAUUGAAGCAAUUAUUGGAGGAACAAGAAACUAAAUAUGUAAUCGAAAAGAAGCAGUUGACUGAACGGUGUGUUGAGUUGGAGAGAAGCCUAGAUCUACUACGAGCCGAGUAUGAACAAUGUGAGGAUUACUGGGCUGGAAAAUUGGAAGAAGAGAGGCAAUUGUUUGAACAAGAGCAGAAGAUCAGCGAUGAAAAAUUGUCAGAGUUAAUUGCUAAAAUGGCGGAGUAUGAAGAGCAGUUUGGUUCGGGUGAUAAAUCUCGUAAUGAUGGAAGGUUAUCUCCCAUUGAGGAACGAUUUAACCUUGAACAGCAGUACAUUGAUUUGGAAGAGGAGUUUCAAAAAUGGAAAUGCCAAAUACAAGAAGAUCUGUCUAAAAAAGACCAUGAGAUUAAAGAAUUGCGUGAAAAAUUGCAUUGCGACAUACGACCAGCGACCGUCGACGUGUGUGUUCAAUAUUCGCAAGAAGAGCCCGAACUUUUCUCAAAUUUAGAGAGCUCAUCGAAUCAGGAUUUAUCCGAUGGAUUUGAUACGAGCGAGUUAAACGUAACUAAUGUUGGUCUUCCAUUUUCUACACAGUCGUUAUCGAAGUUAAUUCAGCCCGAUACAAACUCUCACAGUCUGACUUCUUCAUUUAAGACGGACCAAGAGAACGUAAUUUCAUCCCAGGAUGUUAAGUUGCCACAAUUAAUGAGAGUAUCGUCCUAUCUUCGAAACCCUAAUUAUCAACAGGCAGAAGCUCACACUAUGUCAGGUGAUACGAGCAAAAUUCAAAAAGAUGAAUUGCAACGGCUUUAUCAGAAGAAAGUAGAUAUUAAUUCCGAGUGUAUUUCCCUGACGAAGCAAAAAGAAAAAUUGAUACAAGAAAUCCUGACGUUGCAGAAUAUUAGAGCUACGAAUUGCCUUUGUCCUCAAGUCGAUGUCAGGGAACAAGCAUGUCGCAUUGAUAUCAACGUCUUGCAAGCAUUAAAUUCAAGACUUCAAACACAGGAACAGAAACGUCACCGUCUGCAGGCUACGCUUAAGCAGCAUCAGUUGCACACCGAAAGAAUUUUACACCAAACGUGGGCGCAACAUCGUACCGAAGUUGCCGAUUUACAGUUUGUCCUUCGCAGUACUCAAGGAAAGCUACAACAAUUAAUCCAGACGAAUAAAGAACAGGCCGAUCAACUAGCAAGGGCUGAUUUACUCGUUAAGGAUCUCUACGUCGAAAAUUCAUAUUUAACAGCAAAUGUGAAACGUUUGGAGCAGCACUGUCAUGCGUUAACUCAGUUUAGUGCAGAAUCUACAUCCGUAUGACCCAAGGUAACGUCAUGUAAUAUGUAAAGUCAAGCAAGAAAUAAUGCUUGAAGUACAUAAUCAAGUAAAGAAUAACGCAAAGCUGAUAAUAGUUGCAAAUUUGUGAAUCGUUCCUAUCUUCUUUGCUCAUUUCUCACAAAGUGCACUUCAUUUAUUUCCAUUUUAAUAUUAAAUUCGCGUAUGUAAAUGUGUUAAGUCUCACGAAUUGUAGGUAGAUAAUUUGAAAUGCGUUGUAACUCCUCGCAAAGUGAACUGAAAAAUACAUAGACAUUCUGUAAGUUGCCAUAUUAUUUUUGUUAUGUAUACGAAUGUUGAAUAGUAUACUUUAUACAGCUUGCUGUAUAACGCUUAUUUUGUCGAAAGUAAAAUUUGAGAAUUACGGUGUUGUAAACUGUACAUAUAAUCUGAAUUAAUUAAAAAAUUGCUGUGUUGCUUUUUUAUAUGGUUUACACAAAGAGUUACUAAAUAAUAUUUGCUGUAAUACUUCAGCAAUUUGUAAGUCGUUUAGAAAUGUGGCAGUGAUUUGAAUUGUUGCAAAUUGACGUUUAUUUAGCCUAAUUAUUGUAUGUAUCCGUCAAAACUGCGUAAUUUAUAUUAGUUUACUUGUACAAAAUAAGAUAAAUCAAAAUUAAUCUUAAUAUUUAAUGUUUCUUCACUGUUAAUAAAUAUUAAUGACGUCAAAUAUGCUAUUUCAGAUUGCCUUCACACCAAGUAUAACAGUUCAGUUGCUUAUGUAUUUAUUCUACCCGUUAUGUAUAUAAUUAUAUCUAUGUACAUAAAUUUUGAAGAUUAUAGGUAAUGGUUAAAGAAUAGGAAGAUGCUAUUUUUAAACUAUUGUAGGAUUAUAGGUUUAAUUGGUUAUGAAACGGAUAGAACUGAGAAUCCUACAAUAAUCAUGUAUUAAUAUAACAAUAGUAUGCAUGCGUUAAGUGAAAAACCGUAGCCAUUAUGAAUUUAAUUCCAUUAUUAAGCAGGUGUAGCAGAUUACAUCCACAAUAAUGUGCAUUGUACGACUACUUUAUUCUAUUAUUCCCAAGUUAGAUUUAAAUAUGUUGGGAAUAGAUACAUUUUAUAUAUUUCUAUACCUUAUUAAAAAAGUAAUGUUAGCACAAAGUUACAAAGUUUUAUAUAAAUACCAUGUAAGAUCCUUAUAUUGGAACCACUGCAUUUACCUUUUGUUUAACUACAUUUUACAGAAAUUUGUGCCUUCAACCUGUAUAGAAAAUUAACAAUGUAUCUAUAUAAUAAAAUUUCUGUAAUUGUAUUUAUUGUAAA